AUGAAUUUGGAAGAAAAAAGGAGAAUAAGCCAGAACCUCUCAAGCCUGAAGGAACAUUUAUCUGAUCUCGACCCUGUGAUUGAUAGACUUAUCGAGAAGGAAGUGUUUAAGUUAGAACAUCGAGACCAGAUCGAACAGGCAGGCAGUCACCCAAAACAAAUUAAUGAAUUUAUAAAGAUACUGACGUCAUCACCGAACGCUGACGCCUACGUCACAUUUCUCGAUGCCUUACAUUCUGAGAAGUUUUAUGGUCUUGCGGAUAAAAUUCAAUCGACACCAGUUUUCCAGCGAUGUAUGUCUUCGGCGUCGACAUCGUUAGCAUACAGUGAGGACUCAAGACAUGACGCAGGAGCGGCCGAGUCGGCAGGAGGUGUGGCUAACUACGCGGGCGUGGUUAGAGAGCUCCUCAACAACUUUGGCAAAAGACAGGAAGAAAUGCUGUAUAGCUUUGAGAAACAACAGAGGGAGGAACGGAGGGAAUUCGAGAAAAGGAGACUGGAGGACAAACGCGAAAUGGAAAAUCUGAUGCGAGAUGAUAAAGUGGAAAACGAAAAAGUCCGGAAACAGGAUAAACUGGAGCAUCGGCAACAACUGGACCGGAUGUGGAAAGAAUGGCAGGAAGAAAAAACUGAAAUAUUGAAGAAAAAUGAAGACAUGAUCGACAAACUUCAUCAACAGAUAAAUGAGAUUCGCCAAGCUGAUAUGGAGUAUGACUGUCUUCAGGAAAAGUAUGAUUACCUUAGAGACAUCCAACAAAGGAUGAGAGAAAAAGAUAACGAACGAGUUGAGAGACUUCGACAGAAAACAAAGGAGAAAGAAGAUCUUCGGAAAGAAAACGUCGCUUUGAAGGGAGAGAUCAACGAGCUCACGGACAGACUGAAAAGUUUGACGGAAAUUAAAGAAACAGAGAAAUGGGAAAUUGAUUGUAUUGCGAGAGAGAAGGAGAAGAUUGAAAAGGCUUUAACUGAGAAGCAAAUGGAAAACAUUGAACUGAAAAAAAAAGUUACUGAGCAGUAUAACAAAAUACAGGAUAUUCUCGCAGAGCAAAAAUCGUCAUCUAAGGUUGAUGACCCGGGUUAUGUUCGCUCUGUAGAACAACAAAUGAGAAAAGUGGAUGCUGUUUAUGACGUCAUGGGUCAGUCCCAUGAAGAUGAACUGAUUAAGCUAAAAAGGCAGGUCAAGCUCCGGACUGUGAAUCCCCUUAUUCCUUCAACUUACAAAAAAACUCGGAAGUCUUCUACAUCCACUUGGAAAUGCUGAAUAUAUUUGAACAAGUCCAUAUGUAAACAUUUAUUAUACAACAAUUGUGAAACAAGUUAUAUCAAAUUAUAUCAAUCACGCUUGUUGGCCCUGAUGGAAGCGCGCGACGGGUCUUACUGUGGGAGGAAACCGGAGUACCCGGGGGAAACCCACGUGGUCGCGCAGGUGAUCCCAUUGCUUCUCACAUCCGAUCGGGGAAUCGAACCUCGAUCGCCUCGGUGAAAGGCAUGUGUGUUAACACUGUUUCACCCGACCAUAUACAGUGUUAUUGUGUUAAGUGUCAGAUUUUUUUCACUUGCAAAAUGCUUCGGGCAAGAUUAAACACAAUAUACGUCAAACAAUACAUUGUGUAUCGGAUAUAUAUCUGUAGAUACAAAUAUAUGUACAUUUCUUCUGACAUUAUUUACUUUAAGGAAGGAAACCUGUUAACGCUGUUUUGCCCAUUUUUUUAUACAUUAAGACAAGUUCAACACGAUGGGGUGAUACACUCUAGCAUUGCUUUUUCUUGUAUUGAGAAUGGAUAGUUGUCCAACGACUACUACAGUGGGUUAAGUACUGCACUGAAAUUAGGAAGCAAGUCGGUUUUAUCAAACAAAUAUUUAUAAAAGAAAUUGAAUUGAUGUAAAUAAAAGAAUAAGGAAUAAUAUUAAUAGCAAUCGUCAUUUGAUAAGAAAAUGAGUUUUUUUUUUUUUUUCAAAUUCAUUUCAUAUUAUUUUCUUACUUACCUCCUAGAAUCACAUAAUCGUGAACUCCAAGAUAGUCUUAAAAAUACUUUUACAAGCAAGCGCUGCUUUCCAGUAAGGAAUGACUUGACUUUGUAUUAUUUUCCUAUAAGUUAUAUCUACUUAUACAGGGUGUUACAAAAACAUGUCCCUACUUUGCAUGCCUCCAUCUUUUUCCCUAGACAAUAUAAUUACAAAAUGUCGAUUGCAUUUGAGGGAAUACAUAUUCAAGAUUUAAUUCCACCUGAGCACAAAACACAGAUAACGUCAUAAUUGCUUUUGUUUUUUCAAGAUGGAUAAAAAAGGGGUGUUGGGCACAUUACAUUGAUGUGGUAAAACUUAAUUAUGCAGAUGGAAAAUCGCGACACUAGUGAAUAAGUUUCUGAGGGGAAAAGCCUGAUGUUAAACUUUUAUCCAGAAAGGAAAUAUUUCGUUUUGUUUCCAAAGAGCAACAUUGAAAAUUGAUGACAGAAGGGAAAAAAAUGUCUGGCAGACCAAAGAGUGCCAGAAAAUGACAUUACAUGUUGCAUUUUUGGUAAAAUUGACGUCACAUGACAUUUUUGAAUUUUUCAUUAAUUUAUCAAUGCUGCUUGAACUUUUUGAAGUUUUAUUGAAAAUAACACACUAAUAAAAUUGUUUGAUACUCUUUAAAUCUUAUAUAUGUCACG